CGACAAGAUGGCGCAGUUCCAGGAGUCGGUGAUGGAGCAGGUGGCGCGACUGCGCGACGCGCACGCAGACGCGACGCGGCUCCUGCGCGCCAACUUCGAAACCCGGCGGCCGACCAAACCCCAGCCGAGCGUCAAGCUGCUGGACCAACGGAAAAUCCAGCACACCUUGGGCAAGCAGGGGAAGUACGACGAAGCGGAACAGGUCAAGUCGCUGGCGGACAAGCUGGAGCGGCAAGAGUUGCAGGCGGCGGAAGCGGCGUGGCAGUCGGAACUAGGCAUGCGAGAACAGACGCUGAGCGCGCACCAGCAGGUCGAGAUGGAGGCGCUCAUGCAGCGCGCGACGCGCGGCCGCGACGAGCUGCGCAAGGCGCGCACUAUUGACCUGGAGCGGCGGGAACAGCGCUACCGGAACGUCCGAACGGAACUGGAGGCGGUCCAUCGGCUAGAAGCGUUGAAGUUCGAGGCGAACCUGGAGAAGAAGAUCAUCGCGGGGAAACGCGACGAGAAGACAGUCGCUUCCAACCUGGGACUCAAGGCCAGGCGGGCCAGCGUCUCUGCGCGCUCGCGCACAACGAGCCGGACUUCCAAGGUGUCGUACUCUGCAUACGUUUGAGUGUGCGCCGCCCAGGGUUUGGUUGAGCAAUUCGGACCACUGGGCGCGGCCGG